AUGGCUCGCAAGCCCGUCAUUGCUGUAGCUGGUCUCGCUUGCGAGACAUCCACCUUUAGCCCAUCUCGGACUGCCGCCCCGGCAUUCCACCCCCAACGAGGAGAUGAAAUCGUCCAGCGGUACGCAUUUCUCCAUGACGACCAGCCCGUCGGCCGCGACGCCGUCUGGAAGGGCGCCCUGAUCGGCCACGCGCUCCCCGGCGGCACGGUGACCCGCGAAGCCUACGAGAACCUCUCCCAGGAGAUCGUCCAGCGCCUGCAGGCCAUCAUCGCGGAGCAGCCGAUCGACGGCCUCUGGUUCGACAUCCACGGCGCCAUGUGCGUCGAGGACCUCGAUGACGCCGAGGCCGACCUGCUGCGCCGCGUCCGCGCCGUCAUCGGCCCGGACGUCCUCGUCUCGGCCUCGAUGGACCUGCACGGCAACGUCUCGCGCGAGCUCGCGCACAUGUGCGACCUCAUCACCUGCUACCGCAUGGCCCCGCACGAGGACACCAUGGAGACCAAGGAGCGCGCCUGCCGCAACCUCAUCGCCGCCCUCCACCCCGCCUCGCCGGGCCGCCGCCCGCUCAAAGCCUGGGUGCCCGUCCCGAUCCUGCUCCCCGGCGAGCAGACCUCGACGCGCAUGGAGCCCGCCAAGCACAUCUACGCGGCCGUGCCCGAGGUCGAGGCGGUGGAGGGCGUGCUCGACGCGGCCAUCUGGGUCGGCUACGCGUGGGCCGACGAGCCGCGCAACCGCGCCGUCGUCGUCGUCACCGGCUGGGACGCGGCCGCCGUCUCGCGCGGCGCGGAGAAGCUGGCGAACUUGUUCUGGGACGCGCGCGCCGACUUUGCGUUCGUCGCGCCGACGGGCACCCUGGACGAGUGCCUGGACGCGGCGGUCAAGUCGCCGGCCAAGGACCGCCCGUACUUCAUCUCCGACUCGGGGGACAACCCGACGGCGGGGGGCUCGGGCGACGUGACCUGGGGCCUGACGCGGCUGCUGGCCCGGCCCGAGUUCCGCGCGGUGGACUCGGGGUACGCGGUCAUCUACGCGAGCGUGCCCGGGCCGGAGGCGGUGGAGACGGCGGUGGCGGCGGGCGUGGGCGCCAAGGUGACGGUGACGGCGGGCGCCAAGGUGGACGACCUGCACGCGCCGCCGGUGACGAUGACGGGGAGGGUGCACGCGAUAAGGCAUGGGGACCGGGAUGCGGAGACGGAGGUGGUGAUUAGGGUCGGGUGCGUGCACGCGAUCCUGACGAGGCUGCGCAAGCCGUAUCAUAAGGAGCGCGACUUUACGGGGCUGGGGCUGGACCCAAGGUCGGCGGACAUUGUCAUUGUCAAGAUUGGGUACCUGGAGCCGGAGCUGUACGACAUGGCGAAGGGCUGGAUGCUGGGGCUGACGCCGGGAGGCGUGGACCAGGACCUGGAGAGGCUGGGGCACAAGAGGAUACGGAGACCGAUGUGGCCGUUUGACAAGGAGUUUGAGCAUGUCCCGAACCUGAGUGCGCGAUGGAUUCCAAAGUCCAAUGAGCCGCUCUCAGGUGUAGAUGAGUAA